AUGGAGUCGUACCAAAUCCCACACUCUGGCGCAUCAGUCUUCGUCGCACUUUUCAAGAAUGUCACCAAUGCAGCCUCACUUAAGAAGAGACUUGUGACGGCUUCGACAAUGGCAGGAGACGAAGGGAUCGCGGAACGAGCCGCGGUCAACUUUGCCUUUAUCGAUGCGCGCCUGGUUACGAGUAAGAUGAUGCUUGAGACGGCUAUUCACCAGGCUUUGCUCGCCGAAGAGCAGGGCGCGUUGAAGACAAAGUAUAUUCACUCCGAGAUUCUAUGGUUCUUGAAUCCAGGCAAUAAUAUUUCUGAAGCUAUCCGACGCUUUGGUGUGACAGAGUCGUCUACAGACAUCGUCGUACUUCGCGUUUUCAAAGAUAGUGAACCACGAAGCAUAGACGUAAGGAAAGACAUGGAAAAGGUUGUAGAAGGGCAAAUUGCCCCUCUGGAAGAUCUGCCCACAGACUGGGCAGCACUAAAAAAGGCUCGUCCAUCUACCUUGCUGCUACUACUACAUAAACUCAUGUCUCUGUUUCAGUAUUACAAGCUCGGCUCCGACACGGCACUGGUGCAGGCAGACUCUGAGGAAGCUCAGCGCCGAGCCGUGGAUAGAAUUGUUAUCAACACAAUUGCAAUCAAAUCCGUAGCAUCAUAG